AUGGUGGCCCCGAGCGCCAUGUUGUCGGGAGCUGAAGCCAUGCAGAUGCAGAUGCAGGCCGCACCACCUAGACAACGUGCCCAGCGGCAAACGUCAUCAUGCCUUGAGUGCCGUCGUCGCAAGCAAAAGUGUUCUCAAGGACAACCUUGCACAAAUUGUUAUCGCCGAUUUCCCACUCCCGAAUGCGUAUAUGAGGUCAAAUCUUCAAGAAGAGCCUCUCCCUUAUUCCCGCGACCCCAGCUACCUACAAUCGCCGAUAUACAAGAUGGACCAUACUCCCAUCUCAACCCAGCUAUCAUCCAGAGUGCUCUGUACUCCAUUGAGGGCCAAUCAACCAGUUCAGCUUCCUCACCGAGUGGUUCAUAUUCACCGACAGCAAGUUCAUCCACAUCCUUAUCGACACAAUCAACAAGAAGUCUUUGGAGACCCUACCAGACACUUGCAUCACCUGAUGGUGACACUGAUAAGACAAUAGCGCGCUCUCUUCAGAUCAUCAAAAAGGAAAGCAUCAAAAGUUUCAAGCGCAGUUAUCUCGAUGAGGGGAUGAACAAGAUAGAAUCAGAUGACCCUAUGGAGCUGGGUUAUUCAAUUGCCGGUUCCAUGACACAGCUCAACUACCUUCCCAUGAGGCCUACGAAGCUGAACAAGGAUCUUGUCAGGAUUCAUGGACAGCCAGACCCUACGAACGAGUUCAUGAGCGUAUGGGUUCCUUGUACUAUGCAGGAUCCUCUGCUCCUGCACAUCGUACUAUUCACUUCAGCGUGUUUCCUUACCGAAACUGGCGAUAUGCCAAAGAAAUUGCGGCAGAUAUAUCAGAGUCAUGUCUACUGGAUGCUCAAUAAACAGAUCGGAGACGCCAAUGGCUGGAAAAAUGAUACAUUGAUGCUUGCUGUUGUGCAGAUGAUCGCUGACUCUUGGUACUGGGGAGAGACAGACCACCUGAUGGCUCAUCUUAAAGGAUUGAAGCGUAUGGUACGGAUGAGAGGUGGCCUAAACCAGCUCGGGUUACGUGGCUAUUUGGCCAAGAUGAUAUUGAUGUGA